UCCAUUGCCAAACGGGGAAGAUAAAAAUUUGCAUAUACUUUCACUGAACGGAAAACUUCGAGAAGCGAAAUGGAGGAUAACUUCGUCGACGGCGAUCGACCGACGGUGAUGGUGACGAACGACGACGGAAUCGACGCGCCGGGAUUAAGAGCUCUAGUUAAUGUGCUUGUUUCUACCAAUCGCUUUCACGUCCUUGUUUGUGCUCCUGACUCAGAAAAGUCAGCUGUUAGUCAUAGCAUUACAUGGCGUCAUGCCCUUUCUGUUAAGCAGGUGGACAUUAGAGGAGCAACAGCCUUUUCAGUUUCAGGAACUCCAGCAGAUUGUACUUCUUUGGGUAUCUCCAAAGCUCUUUUCCCUUCAGUACCUGAUCUGGUGAUCAGUGGUGUUAAUAUGGGUGACAACUGCGGCUAUCAUAUAGUAUACUCGGGUACAGUGGCUGGCGCUAGGGAGGCUUUCUUCAAUGGUAUUCCUGCUGUGUCUGUAUCAUAUAAUUGGGUUCGUGGAAAAAGCAAUGUUAAUGACUUCACAUUGGCUGCUAAAGCAUGCUUACCCAUCAUCAGCGCUAUAUUAGCUGAAAUCAAAAGAAACAACUAUCCCCAAAAUUGCUUUCUGAAUAUUGAUGUGCCAACAGAUGUCAUCAAUCACAAGGGAUACCGUCUGACUAGACAAGGAAAAAGUUUUGUCAAAAUGGGAUGGAGGCAAGUUAAUUCUGAACGAGAAGGAGGAAAAGUAUUAUCCACAAUGACUAUGGAGACGAAUUCAUCAGAAAGUGCAGAAGCUAGAGCUUUGAAAAAGGCACCACAAGAUCAUCUACUGUUCAAGAAACAAGUUACCAGAAUUCUAGUGGAGGAUGGUGAUACAGACUACUGUUCUCUCCGAGAAGGAUAUAUAACUGUCACACCCCUUGGCGGCUUGUCUCCAGCAGAGCUAGAUGCUGUUUCAUUCUUUCAGAAUUGGCUGCCCAGUGUUGUUGAUCAUUACCCUUCCUCUGCUUUAUAGUGCUGUAAGUUGGUCCCCCAAGUCAAAUCCAAUUCUGAUGUGACCUUAACACUACUUGUUAUAUCAUCUGUUUUUAGUGUGAUAAUGGACAUUCGAUUAGCUACUGGUGCUGGUGUUUCUGUUUUCUGUUUUUGUGUUUGAUGUUGAUUUUGCGUUUUUGCUACCGAGGUGCUUAAUUUUGCUUGGGGAUAUAAUGGGCUUGAACUUUCUGUUCACCAUAAAUUUUGACCAAGUGUGAAAAAGUUAUGAUCAUUGUACUACUAAGCUUACUUGUAUAUUCCACAGAAGUAGAAAGAAACUGGUUUCAUCGUUUUGAUUGUUUGUUCAUGUCUUCAUUUCUGAUGAUUGUUCUUCAUUGUGGUUAAUCUGUGUCUAAGCUUGCUCUGAUACAAUGUGGGUUAUCAUGAUCAAUUUGCCAGAAGAUAAGUUUGUAGAGAUGAGAUGUGAUAAGUGGACUCGAGAAAGCUAAAGCUGAUGUCCAGAGUUAAUGCAUUUGCAUGUCCUUCCAGAUGUAGGUAUCCUCUCCCUGGUUAAAAUUUAGAUGCAUCGUUUCAUUUUCUGCAAGCUAUUCUCUAAUGUUUCUUAGGAAAGAUCAUAGAAUUUAUGAUGUAGUAACAGAUUUGGUGUAUGUUCAAGCUUAAAGUUUUGUACAACCUGUUUUGUUUGUUCUC